AUGGCGCUCAAGACACUUUCGGCCAAAACGGCGGCAGCGCUGGAUAAGGAGUUGAUGAGCACCGGUGCUUUCUCGCUCGACCAGCUCAUGGAGCUUGCCGGUCUCUCCGUGUCCCAAGUUGUUUACCGAGUCCAUCCCCUCAACAGGGGAAAGAGGGUGUUGGUUGCUGUCGGUCCCGGUAACAAUGGGGGUGACGGUUUGGUCGCGGCCCGCCAUCUUUGCCAAUAUGGCUACCAACCGAGCGUCUACUACCCGAAACGGCCCAAGAACGACCUAUACAUGCGGCUUGCCAAACAGCUGGAAGCCCUCGACGUCCCCUUUGUGGAUGACUUCCCGACCGCGCUGCAGUCGACCGACCACGUUAUCGAUGCUAUCUUUGGCUUCAGCUUCUCGGGCGAGGUCCGGGAACCGUUCCCAGCGGUCAUCCAGGCCAUGGCGGAGACCAAGGUCCCCGUGACCUCGGUUGAUGCUCCUUCGUCUUGGGAUAUUGAGGCCGGUCCUCCCGAGUCCGGGGUCGGCAGCAGCUUCCACCCUGAUGUUCUGAUCAGCCUAACGGCGCCCAAACCCCUGGUCAAGCACUUUAGGGGUCGUCAUUUUAUCGGGGGCCGGUUUGUCGCGCCGGGAAUUGCGAAGAAGUAUGACUUUGACAUCCCGGCGUAUGAGGGGAUCGAUCAGAUUGUUGAAGUUGGACCCGAAGGACUGAAGCUCUGA